AUGUCAUCUUCAAACCUAUUCUCGUCUGAAAAAGAAAAAGAAUAUAUAAUUCCCUUUAACCUCGAAGUUGUCCAAAAUUUCGAGCCAACCAAGGAAUUUGCACCAGCUUCAAUUUGUGUCACUGAUCUAUCAACAUCUUCCGAUGGUUUAGAAAUGAUUCUAGCAGCUGAUGAUAACAAAAUUGUAUAUUAUAAUAUGGAAAGUGGAAGAUGUGUUAGAAAUGUGCCGACGGAUAAAUAUGGUGUGAAUUUGGUGCAACACGUGGGAAAUAAACAUUGUAUUCAUAGUUCGACAAGGAUUGAUAGUUAGUUUUAUGAGAAUUUUCACUUUUCGCCCCGAAAAGUGAAAAUUAGCUCAAAAACUUGAAAAAAAGUGAAAAUUAGCUCAAAAACUUGAAAAAAAGUGAAAAUUAGCUCAAAACUUGAAAAAAAGUGAAAAUUAGCUCAAAAACUUGAAAAAAAGUGAAAAUUAGCUCAAAAACUUGAAAAAAAGUGAAAAUUAGCUCAAAAACUUGAAAAAAAGUGAAAAUUAGCUCAAAAACUUGAAAAAAAGUGAAAAUUAGCUCAAAAACUUGAAAAAAAGUGAAAAUUAGCUCAAAAACUUGAAAAAAAGUGAAAAUUAGCUCAAAAACUUGAAAAAAAGUGAAAAUUAGCUCAAAAACUUGAAAAAAAGUGAAAAUUAGCUCAAAACUUGAAAAAAAGUGAAAAUUAGCUCAAAAACUUGAAAAAAAGUGAAAAUUAGCUCAAAAACGUGAAAAAAAGUGAAAAUUAGCUCAAAAACUUGAAAAAAAGUGAAAAUUAGCUCAAAAACUUGAAAAAAAAAGUGAAAAUUAGCUCAAAAACUUGAAAAAAAGUGAAAAUUAGCUCAAAAACUUGAAAAAAAGUGAAAAUUAGCUCUAAAACUUGAAAAAAAAGUGAAAAUUAGCUCUAAAACUUGAAAAAAAGUGAAAAUUAGCUCUAAAACUUGAAAAAAAUUUUCCAUUUGAAUAUUUCUUGAAAACUUCAAAGAGAGAAUGAAAGAUUUAUUGAAUUUGAAAAAAAACUGAAAAUUUUCACAAUUUUUUGAAACGUAUACCUAACAAGAAAAGUCCCUGAGAUUUUCAAUGAGACAAACAUGUUUCUGUACAGUUUUUCACGAUGAGAAAGAGCCCAAAAAUGAGCCAAAAGUUGGGAAUUUUCUGAAAGUCGCCCCUAAAAUCCCUUUUUUGCAGAUAAUAUACGAUAUUUGUCACUGACUGAAACCAAAUAUAUUCGAUAUUAUAUGGGACAUACGGCUGAGUGAGUUUCUUUUUUCAAUUUCUUCAUUUUUUAAGAAAAAAAACAUUUCAAAACCCCAAUUUUGUUGCAGUGUAAAUACAGUUCAAACAAAUCCACGUCUCGAUUUAUCGCAAUUCAUUUCAUCUGCAAACGACAAAACUAUCCGAUUUUGGGAUUUGAGAAGUCAAUCAACAACUGGUUUUUUGCAUUUUCGUGAUAUUCCAAUUUGUUCAUAUGAUCCAGAAGGUAUUCUAUUUGCAGUGGCUGUUGGAAAUCAUACAAUUUAUUUAUUUGAUGUUAGGAGUUUUGAUUGUGGUGAGUUUUUUUGGGGGAAUUUGAGGAAAAUUAUGAUUUCUUGUCAAUUUUUCAUUCAAAAUCUGAAUUUUUUAGAGAAUCUGAAAAUUUUUCUUAAAACAUUCAACUUCUAUCGAUCAAAAAUCGUUUUUUCGAUUAAUUUUUUAGUUAUUUUUGAAACGUAUUUUUACUGGAAAUUUAAAAAAAAAAAAUCUCAAAUUUGUCUACCUACUGUAAUUCGUGAUACUGUAACCUGAGCAAUCUUGGGUUACUGUAGUUGUUUGGCGUCAAAAUCCAUCCACAAUUUUUAAAUGAAUUGUAUCCCAAAAUAUAUAACAUUUCUUCGAGAUACUGUAGUUAUUAACUUAUCAAAUUACUGUAGAGUUUGGCGCCAAAAAUGUAUCCAAAGUAACCUAGGUUUUAUUCAAUCACAAAGUCUUAUCUACAGAAAUUUUUGGAAUAUUUAGACUACUGUAGGUAUUUUGGCAUUUAUUAUUCCACAUAAUUUUCAAAGCGAAACCACAGGCUGAAAAAUUUAAAGGAUCAUCAGGUUGUCAAAAAUACAGUAGUUCAGAAAGUUUUUAAAUUUUUUAAAGAAAUUUUGUUUUUUGCAGGUUCAUUCAAAAAAUUCGAAAUCCUGCACGAUUUUCCGGAUGCAAAAUGGAAGCGCAUCGAUUUUUCGCCAUGCGGAAAACUGAUAAUAAUCUCAACAAACACCUCAAAAUGCCUUGUAAUCGACGCAUUUUCGGGAAAAUUGAAAUGGAUUCUGGAAUCGAGCCAACAUCCGAAUCCAAAUAUUUACACGAGAUGCUCAUUUACACCGGACUCCAAAUAUAUUUGUGUUGGAAACUACGAUCGAUCGAUUCAUUUUUAUUCGACAAAUUCGGGAGAAAUGGAAUUGAAAAUGAAAACGACACAUAUCGAAGGACCACAUUUGAUUGCAUUUGGAAAAAAUAGUUGCCAUAUGACAAGUGUUUCGAAAAGAAUGGUACGGUGGAUUUUGAAGGGGAAUUUGGGCUGAAAAAUUGAUUUUUUUUGUCGAAAUUUUUUUUUUCAUAUACGAAAAUUUAUGAUUUUUCCGAAUUUUCUGAUUUUCUGUUCCUGUGAAAAAUCAAAAUUUCACAAUUUUUCUGAAAAUUAAAAAAUUUUUAGCCGAAAUUAAUUUAUUUUGUUGCAAAAUUAUUGUGAAAUUUUACCAGAAAAUAGUCAAAUGUAAUUAUUUUCAAGUGAAAAUUCAUCAAAUUUCACAAAUUUUAGCUCCUAAAAAUUCAUCAACUCUUUCAAAAAUUAAAAUUCCCUUGAAGGAAAUCCCUCCAAAAAUCCCCAAUUUUUCCAGCUACUUUGGUCCGCUCCUGAUGAAUAUAUCGACAAAGUCAAGUGAGUUACCCUAACUUCUUUCAAUUUCCAAAAAAAAUCCAAAUUUUCAGAAUCGAAAAAAGCUAA